AGCACGGGCCCGGUAAUGGAACCGAUAACUUCAGAUCCCUGUUAUUCGUCGUGGCUUGAAAAGUCGAAGAGCCCAUCCCAUAGUCUUUUCAAAGAAGAAUUGGUCGAACUCUACAGGCGCGCGGGAGUCGCUUCUAUUUUCUGUUCGCUUCCCCCUAAAAGAGUUUCUCCUCGGGCUCCAAUGGAGAUUGCUUCCGCCAAUGUAAUCUGUCUGCAAGUGAGUUUUUGUGAUCUGCAAGAGAUACUUCCAUUUUCCUCAUCGAUCGGUUUUUGCAAACACCCGCUGGUUUCUUUGGCGACUCAAAGAUGCCGCUUAUCCGGCGAGCCAUGCAGGCUCUCAGUUGUUGUCAAAUGCUCUCUACCUUCCGAUCCUCUUCUUAUUCGAAUCUCAAUUUCAGAUACGGGUGUUGGAAGCUGCCUGGAGGAGUUUCAGGGCUUGAAGUUUUCAAGACAAAGCAUUGGCGACGAAAAGUGGGAUGGAGUGCUAUCUGUGAGAACUACUGGCAAAUGUGAUAAUGAGGUAUAUCACUAUCAGUUAAAUCUAAAAGAGAGUGCUUCUGCCAGAAGGCUGACUAGGCUACCUUCAAACCCAAAGAAUGGUGUGAAAUUCAGUGGGACUGAAGUAAUUCUCUCCAUGUUCGAAAGUGCUGAUGCCUUGGUGGCAGAGAUCAAUUGCUUCUUUCAAAAGAUGCUCAUGCUAAAGAUUCCUAAUGUUGCAUAUGAACUGGUAGUUGAACGUGGGGAUGCUCCUGGAUCGCAAUGUGAACAUGUUUUUCUAGCAAAUGAGUCCAAUCCGUUAUCUUUCUCAGCCUCAAAUCUUGAAUGUUUGAAGUCCGGCAUUGAAGAUUAUGUUUUGAAGCAUGGAUACAAGAAGGAGCAUCUCAAGGUUGGGAGUGGGACGGCAUAUUGCACAGAAGGCCAUCAGAAUACUGGAUGGAUGAUGGACACCGUGAUUGCCAUAAGUGAAAUAUCAGAGCCAAUCAGUAGUUGCUUCAGGACUAGCGGUGCAAAAAGUGAGGUUAUUUAUUUUAAAGAUUUUUCACCUUGCUCGGUCUCCCGGUCAUCUAUGAAGGCAUUGACUAGCAUUGACUGGAGAAGUUUUGGGUUGACUUUGAAAAGCAUUGCGAAUCAAGGUGGCUAUGCAUUUUUGGACUGGGAAGGCUUGCCACCAAAUACUCGCAUAGAUAUCAUCCUCCAUUCUUACCAUAAGCAGGCCAUAAUGCCAUCUGCGAAGCAAGAGACUCAACUUGAUCGAAAUCUCAUAAAAAGAGCAGUGAAACUUGCAUUGGAUGAUUUGAAGGAGAAGCAUGCGGGAGUUCUUCUAAGUGCUCAUGCCCUCAAGAUUCGCAGUUAUGCGCCCGACCUCGCAAAAACAAUUGCUGGCCUAAUUUUGUCUUCCAAUGACUCUGGCUUCCAGGGAGAAUGCUUUUCUCUUCUUGGUUUGCAGUGUCAGGGAGUGGGAGGUGAAAUUGUUGAAGACUGUAUAAAGAAAAAGAUUAUCUCUGUUAUAGAGAUGAAUGAUAGGAAGUCCCACGAAAGAAGCGAAGACGUUGCACCUUUUCUUUUUGAAGAUGAGUGCCUCCAGGAGCUAGACUUCCAAGAAGAUGAAUAUGAAGAAGGAGUGGGCUUUGUGUUUCUGGCCCGUUUGUAUAUGCGUUUUAGCCAACUGGACCAGCUGAUGUUGAAGCCCAGAAUACUUUCAAUGGGUGUUUUAGAAAGUCCAGCCUGGCUACCAACCGUAUAUUGGCAGUUGGAAAUAGAGCACGGUUAUUCUUUAUCUUAGAUUUGUCAUUAUGUCUAGGUAUACUGAUGACAUAGUUUAAGUGAAUUUUCAUGUCAAAUAUUUAAUAACAAAUCACUUAAAACAUGUCUUGAAAAACUGAUAAUUUUGGAUGAAAAGUAAUAUAUUUUCCUUAAAAGAUUAUCUAUGGUGGGCACCAAUGGUUUACAGAUUGCUACUUUACGCGCCCUACCCGUCCUCCAACACAUUGCCUGAACAUGCGCACAGACCACCACAAUGUGACCAGCUUGACCUUGAAUUUGUCUAAGUACUUUUGAUGGUUUGGUUUGAUUCGAAAAGGAUUUUCAGGCUGUCGAAUGGAUUG